CUUGUGACUAUUUCCACUCAGUUAACCCUCUCUUCUACUUGUUUCUCUGCUUUCUAAUGUUCAUCACUUUCUACCAAUCAACAGGUGCCUACAGUGGCUCCACCCCAACCAUUCCACUCCACUUUCGAAUGAGGGCCCCCAAAAGGUAUCAGCUGUCGGGGACGUAAGAGGAGCUCUGAGAGUGAGACCAGUAAAUGGGAGGUGUUGAAGAGGAGGAGGAGGAGGAGACUGUGAGAAAAGAAGCAGCCAAGCAGAGAGGACAGACAGAGAGCCACAGAGAGCAGAAGCAGUCGGUUCAAAAUGGAUUUAAGUUACCUUCAGGUUCUGGAGCGAGAAAAAGUUCUGGAGGUUCUUCGGAGAGACAAGCAGCUGAGAGCAGUUGAAGAGGACCGGAUCAGGAGGAUGAAGUGUGAGCUUCAGGAUCUACGGAGGAGGGGUGCAAAGAAUUUCGCCCGUCAGUAUGGGGAGCGGACCUGCGCCCGCUGCCAAAGGCCUCUGGGAAAAUUCUGGAACUCCGGCGCUGUGUGCUGCGGCUGCAGCCACAGAAUCUGCAGGAGGUGCCGCGUGGGAGCAGAAAACUGGAAGUGCACGGUGUGCCACGCAUACAGAGAAGUGAAAAUUAUGUCAGGAGAAUGGUUUCUGGAGGAGAAGGCGAAGAAAUUUCCACUCGCAAAAGAUAAAUAUGAAACCGUUGGAGACAUGCUGUUGAAAAUCUACAGUGGGCUGAGUCACAUAUCCGUCGUGCCUCCCACACCUCCACCCAACAAAGAUUAUCAGUCUGUGGGAAGAUUCGGGGAGCUGAAGAGUUCAAAGUCGUUCACCAAAUCAAUGGAAGACAUUAUGGUUUCAUUUAAAUGUCAAAUUAGAGAGUCCAACUCUCAUAAUGACGUGCGGGUCGACUUUCUGCAAGUGGACAACAGACCGUUUUUCAAGAGCAGCAACCAGAAGAGCCUUUCUGACACUAACAUCAACAAAUCCAGCCUUCUUUUCAAAGUCCCAAGCCUUCCAAACUUGUUCAAGAAAAGCAAAGACAGUGACAUGGAGGGCUCCUCUACUGGAGCAGAGGAUGAAGCCUCCUUCAGUUCUGAGCAUUCUGGAGGAAGAAACGGCAGCAUCAGCAGCAUCAAUGCAGACUGCGGCCUCUUUGAUGGCGUCUCUGUCACAGGGGAGCUAGAACUGUCUGUGGUCUACAACAGCAGCGCUCUCUGCCUGGAGGUCACAGUGGGCGCCUGCAGAAACCUCACUCACGGAGAUAGCAAGAGGAAGAAGUGCAACCCGUAUGUGAAACUGUACGUGCUGCCAGAUAAAAGCAGCAAACUGAAAACAUCAGUGAAGCGAAACACCACAGACCCCAUUUAUAAUGAACUUGUGAAGUAUGACAUAGAGCGCCACCUGCUUUUUGGAAAGAGACUGCACGCCUCCGUGUGGCAUUCAGGGACCCUGAAAAGGAGAGUGUUCCUCGGGGAAGUACUUAUCCCUCUGGAUGGGUGGAGAUACGAUGACAAAUCCCCUCAGCGCUUUCACUGGUACCCACUUUGUCCAAAGAGUCGAGAUGGGGUCACUGCGGAGCAAAAUGACUGAAACCAAAGAAGCUGAAAUGACUCAGGUGUUCCAACGCUGGCAGCGAGGAUUGCAGUGGCGUCAAGCAUCCCCGUUCUUCUUUGACGCCACGUUUUUAGGGCAUUUUACAGACCUGACGGAUGAAAUCUGAAGGCAGACGCCCUUCACAGGCAGCAGUUCUUCACAGGAAAACAUGCCCACCUCCCAGACUCUUCAGCCCCCCUCCUUCAACAAUGCCGUCUUUCUUGUCUCAGAGGAAGUGCACAGAUCUGAUCUCACUGACCUGGAAUUCUUUGUGCGAAGAGCACGUCGAUGUAUUUAUGUAUUUAAGAGGCUGCACUUUACCUGUAUGCUGUAUUUAUUUCCCUACAUUUGCAAAUAAUUUAUGUCGUGGAAGUGUUUUCUUGUGAAAAUAAAUUAUUGAAAUGUG